AUGUCGUCCUCCGAAUUCGACCCACGCGUCCCCUCCAAGACUGGAGUUGCGAAAAUAUGGGACGACAUCAAGACAUACCGGAAGGCUUACUUCCUCACUGCUGUCGCCUCGUUUGGCGGCAUGUUGUUCGGUUGGGAUACGGGCUUGAUUGGAGGCGUGUUGACCAUGGACGCCUUCCAACACUCGUUCAACCUCGACCCGGACAGUGACUCUUUCGCCAACCUUCAGGGAAACAUCGUUUCGGUUCUGCAGGGUGGCUGCUUCUUUGGCGCUGCCUCCUCGUUCUGGUUGAGCGACAAGGUUGGCCGCAAAUGGGCUCUGAUCCUCGCCGACCUCAUCUUCCUUAUCGGCUCCAUUAUCCAGACAACAUGCGCCCUCGGUGCGACAGACGAUCUCGCUCAACUCUACGUCGGCCGGUUCAUUGGAGGCUUCGGUGUUGGUCUCAUUAGUGCUGUGGUGCCCACCUACAUUGGAGAGAAUGCGAACAAGGAGAUCCGUGGGCGCUGCAUUGGAUGUAUGCAAUUGUUCAACGUCACGGGCAUCAUGCUGAGCUACUUUGUCAACUAUGGCAUCAGCAACCACAUCCCGAGCGCCACCGAUUCGACCAAGUGGCGCGUUCCCUUUGCGCUGCAGAUGCUUCCUGGCGCGUUCCUCCUCCUUAUCAUCUUCCAGAACGAAUCUCCGCGUUGGCUGGUGGAGAAGAACCGUCUGGCUGAGGCUAAGCGUGCUUUGGCACACGUCCGGGCCAGGUCUGAGGAUGACCCUGUGCUGCUGCAGGAGCUUGACGAGAUCAUUACCGACUUCCACGGCAAGGAGAGGCUUUCCCUGGUUACGCAGAUGAAGUCAGUCUGCGCGAACAAGAAGAUCUUCUACCAGUCCAGCAUGGCGGUUGUCUUGAUGUUCUGGCAGCAGUGGACUGGUACGAACUCGAUCAACUACUACAGCCCGCAGAUUUUCAAGAGUGUCGGUCUCGCAAGCCAAUCUGCCGGGCUUUUCGCUACCGGGAUUUACGGAGUUGUGAAGGUCGUCUUCACUGCGCUUGGGCUGAUGCUCGGCGUCGAGCAAGCGGGCAGGAAGUGGUCGCUGAUCUGCGGUGCUCUUGGGCAGGCUUUUGCCAUGUUUUACAUCGGCAUCAACCAGGCGGUUCACCCCAACGACAGCAGCCUGUCGGGAAACAACAUCUUCGCCAUCAUCUGCGUCUACCUCUUCGUCGUCUUCUACUCGUUCGGAUGGGGCCCGAUUCCGUUCAUCCUGUCGUCGGAAUGCUCUCCAAACCACGUGCGGUCUCUUGUCAUGGCGGCUGCUCUGAUGACGCAAUGGCUCUUCAACUUCGUGAUUGCUAAGCUCACGCCGAUCAUGCUCGACGAGAUCACAUACGGAACGUUCCUGCUAUUCGGCGCGUGCUGCAUCAUCAUGCUGGUGUACGCCAUCCUGUGCGUGCCGGAGACCAAGGGCGUCCCGCUCGAGAGCGUCAAUCUUCUGUUCGAAGGAAACAUCAUUGCUGGGGCGACCAAGGACACGAUCCCGCGGUACAGCAGAGCGAAGAAGCUGCAGAACCACCAUCUCGGCAACGAUGACGACAGCUGGAGGGCUCCAAAGUCGGUGGAUGACGAGGAAGGAUAUGCUGGGAAGGCGGCGAACGUGCAGCACGUGGAGCAGUCGUAG